CCCAAUUAAUCAAACCACCGCAAGUCCGCAACACGUCUACACUCUGCCAAAUUAUACAACUAGUGAAUUUUCAGAAGCUUAGGCUCUGUUUGGAGUAGAGGUUUUUGGGACAGAAGUGCAUGAAGUAACCGUAGACGCCUGAUCUGAAGGAUUUGUUUCAAGUUUUACUCAUUCUCGCUGCUGUCGAAUCUGGUAGAUAGAGCGACUAAGAUUAGAGAAGAGCUGGAGUCCUCACAUGAGGUGCAGUCCUUGAAGGCCACCGCGGCCGGAAACGGUCAGAUCCGAUACCGAUCUCCAUCGGCAGCGGAACUUCUGGAGGGGCAGUCCUUUAUCUUUCCGUCACUUCCAACUGUAGCAGACCAGGACCACCACAAUCAAUUAGAUAAAAUGUUGAAGCGUAAUCGACAGCCCGAGUCAGUCUCUGAUAAGAUGCACCGUUUCCGAGGCGUUAUAAUGGUGAUUUCGGUCCCUAUCCUAAUCGUCUUUUUUGUUCUUUUCUUGAUGCAUUCCAAUUCCCCCUCCGAUUCCAUCGAAUCCUUAUCUAGCCGCAAGGUUGCACCCAAUUAUGUCAAGGGCCGCAGUGGCUCCAAGCGUUAUGCUGUUAUCUUUGAUGCUGGCAGCUCUGGUAGCCGUGUGCAUGUAUUUUGCUUUGAUAAGAAUUUGGAUCUUGUUUCUAUAGGCAAAGAUCUCGAACUUUUCAAACAGUUAAAACCCGGUUUAAGCAAUUACGAGAAAGACCCAAAAGCUGCUGCGGACUCUCUUAAGCCUUUGUUAGAGGAUGCAGUAAAUGUUAUACCAAGAGAAUUGCAUAGAAGCACACCAGUCCGAGUUGGGGCAACUGCAGGUCUGAGGCAGUUGCAGGGUGAUGCAUCAGACAAAAUCUUGCAAGCGGUUAGAGACUUUUUGAGAAAUAAAAGUGGCUUCAAUUCCAAUGAUGGUUGGGUCACUGUUUUGGAUGGAAACCAGGAAGGUGCUUAUCAGUGGGUAACCAUAAAUUAUCUAUUAGGAAAUCUGGGUAAAUCACAUGCUAAUACAGUUGGAGUAAUUGAUCUGGGUGGAGGAUCUGUUCAAAUGGCUUAUGCUAUAUCGGGGUCAGAUGCUGCAAAAUCUCCUAAAGCAUCAGAUGGAGAGGAAACAUAUGUGAAGGAAAUGUAUUUACAAGGAGUGAAGUACUACCUUUAUGUUCACAGUUACUUGAACUAUGGCUUAUUAGCUGCUCGAGCAGAGAUUCUGAAGAAGAUUGAAGGUGGUUCUGGCAGCCCAUGCAUCCUGACUGGUUAUCAAGGUCGUUACAAUUACAGUGGAGAAUCCUUUGAAGCAUCAGCUUCAACAUCUGGUUCAAGUAUUAACGAGUGUAAGAACUUAGCUUACAAAGCUCUCAGGGUUGAAGAGAUUUCUUGCAAGUACAUGAAGUGUACAUUUGCUGGGAUUUGGAAUGGUGGGGGUGGCGAUGGCCAGAAGAAUCUAUUUGUUGCCUCAUUUUUCUUUGACAGGGCUGCUGAGGCCGGUUUUGUUGAUCCAAACGCAGCUGCCGCUAAAGUCCGGCCUAUCGAUUUUGAGGAUGCAGCUAAGCGUGCUUGUCAAACAACAAUGGAGGAAGCUAGAUCUUUAUAUCCACAUGUUGAAAAGGAUAACCUCCCAUACUUGUGCUUGGAUCUUGUGUACCAAUACACAUUACUUAUUUAUGGAUUUGGCCUGCAGCCUUUGCAAGAGAUUACAUUGGUCAAGAAAGUUGAAUAUAAAAAUUCCUUAGUUGAAGCAGCAUGGCCACUGGGUAGUGCGAUUGAAGUGAUGUCAUCAUUAGUGUAACUCCAUACAUAAAUAUUAUUUAUUGGGUGAGUAGAUCAACUGGAUGCUGCUUAUGUUGGCAUCAUCAGUGUUAUGAACACUAUCAUCAAUCCUUGAUUUUGCUUGGACCAAUACUUAUGUGAGGGAUCAGUUCAAUUUGUUCUAAAAUUAAUCGACCUUAAAUAUAAA